AUGAGUCAAUUAUCACCUCCUCUUGUUCUUGUUAAAAGUGAACAAAUUCCAAGAACACAAAACCAAAGAAUGAAAAAUUGGAAAUGUACAUUUCCUGAAUGUGAAGAAACGCCCAAAACAAGAUACAAUUGUUAUGCACAUAUUUGGGAUGCACAUUUACGGACAGAACUUAGUAAACCUGGAAAGAAUCCAAAGAAUUUAUUAUUAACAACGUUUAAGUUAUCUCCUCAAAAAGAUGAUAUUAAAAGAAUGUGUGAGGAUUAUAUGAUUAAGUUGAUAGAUAAAUAUCCACCAACAAAAAUUAAAAGAAAUCAAAUAAUAAAUAAUAAUGGUGGUGAUAAUGAUGGGAAAUCACAAUAUCCAUUUGCAUUUGAUCCUAAUUCAAAAUCAUUUGAUAAUGAAAUUCAUACUAAUUCAUCAUCAAAUAGUGUUAUUAAUAAUGAAAAUACACCGAGUCGAUCAAUAGAAAGUGUUCCAAUAUCAUCUUCUGGACCAUCUGUUGGAAUUGAAAUGCAAGCAAUAAAACAAGACAUAGGUAUAAAUGAAAUGCCACAAAUUGUUCAAAUUCCAUCAAGGGGAGAUUACCAAAUAACAGCAGAAGAUUUCAUUAAGAUUGAAAAGAUUAAUGAAAAUCUCCGACAAUUACAUGUACUUGGAGAAAUAUUUGCAGAAAAUGGAUUUUUAGUACGGUCAGAUGCACGAAGUAAAACUGAUAUUGAAGAAAUACAUAAUUCUCUUAAUGGAAUUUUAUCUCUAGUAGGAGUAUCUUAUUCUUAUAAAAAAGAUUGUGAUAAUAAAAAAUAUGGAUUUAUUGCACAAGAAGUACAAAAGAUUUAUCCAGAAUUAGUAAAAGAAGAUGAUACAGGAAAAUUAACAGUAGAUUAUUUAGGAAUUA